AUGCACCCCUUUUGUGCAGCUAGGCCCCUCUCUCCUCCAUGCCUUCUUUAUCUCUUCCCUCUCCCCCAAUCCAGUCCCUGUUUCCUCUUUUCCUCACCCCACCCCUCUCUUCCCAAACCCCUGUGUCCCCAUCAGCGCACAGCCAGCCUUCCGCCUGCCCCCCUCCCCUGCGUCGUUCCUCCUACCGCAUCUCUGCUGCUGGAGGGCCAAACUCUCUUCCUCUCCCCCUUUCUCCUCCCUCUCUUCUCCCUCUCUUCUCCCUCUCUCCUCCCUCUCUUCUCCCUCUCUCCUCCCUCUCUUCUCCCUCUCUUCUCCCUCUCUUCUCCCUCUCUUCACACCCUACCCCCUUUACCCGAUUGCCCAAACACGCCCCCUCCCACCUCCCUCCACCCCAUCCCUUACUCUCCCCCUCUUUUCAACGCGGCCCUGCAGCUGGGUAAGGGCAGGGCCUUACUCUCCCCCUCUUUUCUCCCUCCCUCACAUGCCUACCCCCUUAGCCCUCUCUGCAGCUGCGCAAGGCCCUUCCUCCAACCCUCAUCCUCUGCGCUGCUUCUCCUAUCGCGAGCUACAGCAGGCGGCUGGGUACUGGGCAACGCGUCCCUGCAGCGGGGCAAGGCAAGGGCCUUACUCUCCCCCACUCUCCCUCUUUUUUCUCCCUCCCAGCGGGGCAAGGGUCUUCCUCCAACCCUCCUCCCCUGCGCCGCUUCUCCUAUCACGAGCUGCAGCAGGCGGCGGGCGGGGUACUUCAACGCGCCGACCCUGCAGCUGGGGAAGGCAAGGGCCUUACCCUCUCCCUCUCUUCUCCCUCCCGGCUGCAGCUGGGGAAGGCAAGGGCCUUACCCUCUCCCUCUCUUCUCCCUCCCGGCUGCAGCUGGGGAAGGCAAGGGCCUUACCCUCUCCCUCUCUUCUCCCUCCCGGCUGCAGCUGGGGAAGGCAAGGGCCUUACCCUCUCCCUCUCUUCUCCCUCCCGGCUGCAGCUGGGGAAGGCAAGGGCCUUACCCUCUCCCUCUCUUCUCCCUCCCGGCUGCAGCUGGGGAAGGCAAGGGCCUUACCCUCUCCCUCUCUUCUCCCUCCCGGCUGCAGCAGCGGGGCAAUGGCCUUCCUCCGGCCCGCCUCCUCUGCGGCGCUUCUCCUACCGCGAGCAACAGCAGGCAGCGGGCACACGGCCAGCCUUCCUCCGGCCCUCCUCCUCUGCGGCGCUUCUCCUACCGCGAGCUACAGCAGGCAGCGGGGUAUUUCAAUGCAUCCCUGCAGCUGGGCAAGGGCAGCUUCGGGACUAUUUUUCGCGGGCAGGUGGACGAGUGGUUGGGAGAGCUGCCACGUGGCAGCAAGAGAGAGGUAGCAGUGAAGGUGCUUCACACGGAAAGCGUGAAGGCGUUUGACGACUGCCUGGCGGAGAUCCUAGUGCUGGGCGAUCUGAGACACCCCAACCUGGUGCAGCUGUUGGGGUACUGCAUGGAGGACAGCCGGGCGAUUCUGGUGUAUGAGCUGGUGGAGCGAGGCGACCUGCACCACUGGCUGCACCCCAACAACCUCUCCCCGGACAGCCCGUGCCUGACAUGGGAGCAGCGCGUGCACGUGGCAGUGGGCAUGGCGGAGGGCAUGGCAUAUCUGCACGGGCAGAACAUCAUUCACCGCGACUUCAAGUCCCAUAAUGUCAUGCUGGACCAUGAAUUAAGGGCAAAGGUAACCGAUUUUGGCAUGGCUACACGGGGACCGGAGGAGGGGAAGACGCACGUUUCGACUCGCAUCAUGGGCACCCUGGGGUACCUCGACCCUGACUACAUCUACACAGGUGUGGAGGCUUGUAACGAGGAUAUGACUUGUGCGUGUGGGGUAUGGAGGGGAGGAGGGCGUGAGGCACGUAUCGACUCGCAUCAUGGGUACCCUGGGCUAGGGUACCUUGACCCUGAUUAUUUCGGCACAGGUGGGGAGGCCUGUAAAUUGUUUGUGGUCCUUGUUGUUCGGGUAUCACCACUACACACAACCGCCCCUUCCUCCCCCACUUCCUCUCCACUGCACACAACCGCUCUUCCCUCCCGCACUUCCCCUCCACUACCCGCAACUGCCUCUUUCCUCCCUGAAUCCCCAUCCCCCCUUCCUCGUCCCCUCUCCCACCUCUCCCUCUUCUCCCUUCGUCUCCCCGUCCCCUCACGUGCAUCAACCCACUCAUCCUCCCCCACCACCCCCAGGUCACCUCACCCCCCUGAGCGAUGUGUUCUCCCUGGGUGUGGGUAUUGUUCUGCUCACUGUACCCCUCCUCUCCCCUCCUCUCCCCUUCUUGUGUUCUUGUGCCUCUCCUCCGCGAGUCACCCCCCUAUCCCCUCUUCCCCACCCCCACGUCACCUCACCCCGCUGAGCGAUGUCUUCUCUCUGGGCGUGGUUCUCCUCGAGCUGCUCACCUGCUCCCGCUCCCCCUUUUUCUCACCCCCUCCUGUGCGUCACCGCCCCUCCAGGCCACCUCACCCUGCUGAGCGAUGUCUUCUCUCUGGGCGUGGCCACCUCACCCCGCUGAGCGAUGUCUUCUCUCUGGGCGUGGUUCUCCUCGAGCUGCUCACCUGCUCCCGCUCCCCCUUUUUCUCACCCUCUCCUGUGCGUCACCGCCCCUCCAGGCCACCUCACCCCGCUGAGCGAUGUCUUCUCUCUGGGCGUGGCCACCUCACCCCGCUGAGCGAUGUCUUCUCUCUGGGCGUGGUUCUCCUCGAGCUGCUCACCUGCUCCCGCUCCCCCUUUUUCUCACCCUCUCCUGUGCGUCACCGCCCCUCCAGGCCACCUCACCCCGCUGAGCGAUGUCUUCUCUCUGGGCGUGGCCACCUCACCCCGCUGAGCGAUGUCUUCUCUCUGGGCGUGGUUCUCCUCGAGCUGCUCACCUGCUCCCGCUCCCCCUUUUUCUCACCCUCUCCUGUGCGUCACCGCCCCUCCAGGCCACCUCACCCCGCUGAGCGAUGUCUUCUCUCUGGGCGUGGCCACCUCACCCCGCUGAGCGAUGUCUUCUCUCUGGGCGUGGUUCUCCUCGAGCUGCUCACCUGCUCCCGCUCCCCCUUUUUCUCACCCCCUCCUGUGCGUCACCGCCCCUCCAGGCCACCUCACCCCGCUGAGCGAUGCCUUCUCUCUGGGCGUGGUUCUCCUCGAGCUGCUCACCUGCUCCCGCUCCCCCUUUUUCUCACCCUCUCCUGUGCGUCACCGCCCCUCCAGGCCACCUCACCCCCGCUGAGCGAUGUCUUCUCUCUGGGCGUUGUGCUGCUCGAGCUGCUCACCGGCCAGUUCCCCACCACUGCUGCCACCCACAACCGCCUCUUCUUCCCCUCCACUACGCACACCCAUCCCAUUCCCCCCCCUCUCUCCUGGCCACCUCACCCCCCUAAUCAAUGUCUUCUCCCUGGGCGUUGUCACCUCACCCUGCUCAGCAAUGUCUUCUAUCUGGGCGUAGUGCUUCUCACCCACUCCCACUUCCCCUCCUUGUCACCCUCUCCCAUGCAUCGCCAACCACCAGGUCACCUCACCCCGCUCAGCGAUGUCUUCUCUCUGGGCGUGGUCCUCCUCGAGCUGCUCACCGGCCGAUCCCCUGCCACCACCGCCACACACAACCGCCUCUUCCCCUGGAUCCACAAGCAGCUGGCGCGAGGUAGAAAAGGGGGGGGAGGGGGAGACUCAGCAUCAGCAGCAGCGGCAGCAGCAGAAGCGGGAGGAGCGGGUAAUGAAGGGCAACAGCAACAGCAGCAGGGGCAGCAGCAGGAGGGGAGGAAGGCGGAUGGGUUUCAUAUAAGCCAAGUGGUGGAUCCACGGCUGAAGGGGCAGUUCUCAGCGGGUGCAGCGAAGAAGCUGCUGCUGGUGGCGCUGCAAUGCAGUCAAGAGGAGCCCAGCAAGCGACCCGACAUGAACCAUGUGGUGGAGAGGUUAAGGGAGAUCGCUGCCUCUGGGGUGGGGAAAGGAGGGGCGCGAAGGGUGGAAGGAGGAGGAGCAGGAGUGCAAGGGAUGGCAGGCGGAGUGGCAGUAGUGGCAGCGGUAGGAGUUUAA